AUGUCGGAGGAGAGUGAUGCAUCCAAACUAGGCUCCAAGCUACACAAUGAAACAAUGAUGGGAGAAUUCCAACACAUGCUUAGGGAAUCUAUGGCAUCACUACACCAACGGAUGGACCGCUUAGAGCUUUCUCAAGCUCGGUCCAACGCAGCUCAUCGAGAUGUACCACCUCGUGAGGAGUUCGCUUCCAAUAGCGAGGAAGAUGACUUCAUCCGUCGGCCUAAGCAGGACUACCGGAGGACCGAUGACGGAUUAAAAGGAGUCAAGAUCAAGAUUCCCGCAUUCCAAGGCAAGUCUAGUCCGGAGGCUUACCUAGAGUGGGAACAGCGAAUCGAGAUGGUAUUCGAGUGCCAGGACUACACCGAUGAUCAAAAAGUCAAACUGGCAACCCUCGAAUUUACCGAUUGCGCUAUUGUCUGGUGGGAGCAGGAGCGCACUAGCAGGCGCCGCAAUAGAGAACGACAAAUUAGUACAUGGGAGGAGUUACGAACCACUAUGAGGAAACGGUUUGUACCCAGCCAUUACUAUCGUGAUCUGUAUCAGCGGCUCCAGACAUUGGUCCAAGGAAGCCGAACUGUGGAGGACUACUAUAAGGAGAUGGAGAUCACCAUGCUCCGAGCUGAUAUUGUGGAGGAUAGAGAGGCUACCAUGGCAAGAUUUCUCAACGGCUUAACACCUGAGAUCGCCGAAUUGGUGGAGUUGCAAAACUACGUGGACAUGCCUGAGCUAAUUGAUAAGGCAUCCAAGAUCGAGAGGAGGCUUGAGAGGAGGGGUAACACUCGCUUCUCGGCAACGCCUGCGUGGAGAGGCAACCCGACUUUCGAGCGGGAACGGCCUAGUCCAGGGGUGUCCAAGUUUACUCCUAAGACCGAACCACCCCAGCCAGCCCCAAAGGCAACUCCAAGGCCUUCAUUCGACUCGUCCAAGCCACGAAGCCGCGACAAAUGCUUCAAAUGCCAAGGAUUUGGGCACAUUGCUUCUCAAUGUCCUAAUAGGCGUACCAUGAUUGUCCUACCAAGCGGAGAUGUCGUAUCGGACGAUGAGGAUGAAUUCGCCGAGAUGCCUCCAUUGACUGAUGAAGGUGAAGAUUUUGAGGAGGAGGUUGAGGCCACUACCGAGCAAGUGGGUGUUGCUCUAGUAGCCCGUCGGGCUCUUGCAACCCAAGUCAAGAAGGUGGAUGAAGCCCAACGUGAUAACAUUUUCUACACAAGAUGUCAUGUCAAGGAUAGAGUAUGUAGCCUCAUCAUCGACGCAGGUAGUUGUACAAAUGUGGCAAGCACUCUCAUGGUGGAUCAUCUUUCCUUGCCCACAUUAAGGCACCCUAGCCCAUACCGCUUGCAAUGGCUCAAUGAGAGUGGCGAUAUCAAGGUCACCAAGCAGGUGGUAGUGCCUUUUCGAAUUGGGAAGUAUGAGGACGAGGUCCUUUGCGACGUCGUUCCAAUGCAGGCUUCUCACAUUUUGUUAGGACGGCCAUGGCAAUAUGACAAGAAGACUACUCAUGAUGGCUUUACCAACAAAUACUCAUUCUUGCACCACAACAAGAAGAUGACGCUUGUCCCUCUCACACCUCAACAGGUGCACGAAGACCAAUUGCGAUUGCAACAAGAGCAUGAACGAGAGUUGUCCAAGAAGUCAACCGAUUAUAAAGCAAACACUAAGGCACCAGUCGAGAGAACAUCUAUCCCUGGAACAUCUGGUCGAAUGGAGAAACGGCCCAACUUGCUUGCCAAGAACAGGGAAGUUCGUAAGUUACUUUUGUCUAAGCAAGUUGUCUAUAUGUUAUAUUGUAAAGAGGUGAUUUUACUUUCCCAUGAGACACUCAUUGACUUACCUCCUGAAAUUUCUUCUUUGUUGCAGGAAUUUGAGGACGUUUUCCCAGACGAGAUUCCAAGUGGACUACCCCCACUUAGAGGGAUUGAGCAUCACUAUGAAGAUCCUUAUCUUGUGAAUGUGAAUGGUAAGCUGUCAAGUGAAUUUAUACCUACAAAUGCUAAUCGUGUAGGUCCAAAUUCGACCAUUCAGGGCACAAGGCUGACUAAAGAGCGUUGGAGUGGUUGGAGUAAAGCAUUGAGUUUCCCAUGGUGGAUUGAAUAA